AUGUCCAAUCGAUGCCUUACAUGCCACCCUCCCUCCCCCGAUCUGCACCGAAUUCCUCUCUCCACACCAAACCGCGCUCUUGGCCUCUCUCUUUCCCUUCGAUCCCUCCUCUGCCAUCCUUUGUCGCACUCCCCCCUGCCACCCCGCAUGCAGGCGCCAGCUGGCAGUGCGGGCAGGGCGGGAUCACGAGGAGGGCUCGGUGCUCCUCUCCAUCCCCUCCUCCCUCUGGAUCCCAAGAGUGCUCCUGUGUCUUGUGUGCCUUGUGCCGCCCCUUCCCUUACAUGCUCAUUCCAGGCGCCAGCUAUCGGUGCGGGCAGGGCGGGAUCACGAGGAGGACUCAGUGCUCCUCUCCAUCCCCUCCUCCCUCUGGGUAACCACGCCCACCAUGCUUCAGUUCAUAAGGGGAUCCCAAGAUUGGUCUUGGUUUUUUCUUUUGCGCUUGUGCCAUCCCUCCCCCUUCACGCUCAUUCCAGGCGCCAGAUGUCAGUGCGGGCAGGGAGGGAUCACGAGGAGGACUCGGUCCUCCUCUCCAUCCCCUCCUCCCUCUGGGUCACCACCCCCGCCAUGCUGCAAGCCAUAGGGGGACCCCCCUACCCCGGGCCCGUGUGGGCCUUCACUGUAGCAGCCGCGUGGCUGCUAAGGGAGAUGCUUAAAACGAGGACGGAGUCCUUCUGGUGGCCGUACCUGCAGCUGCUGCCCCGCCACGUCCCGCUGCCGUACUUCUUUGAGGAAGAGACGUUGGAGGAGCUGCAGGCCCCUUCAAUCGUGAAAACAGUGCGCCACAAUCUGGCGAGCUACGAGUUUGAGUACCGCCGCUGCGGCCCAACAGUGCUGGCGAAUGCCUCCCUGCACGAGUUCAUGUGGGCGCUCUCUGUCGUUCAGUCCAGAGGCUUCGAGGACCCGCGGUGGGGGAAUGUGGUGCUGUACGAACGGACAGACCCUGGUGCGGUGGAUGAACCUGUAGAAGCAUGGAGGGGAGGUUCCGGGGAAGGGUCGGGCGGAGGGUCGGGAGGAGGUUCGGAGGGACGUUCGGGGGGAGGUUCGGGGCCGUCGGGGGCAGUGGAGGAGGUGCGGCUGAAGAAGAGUGCGGUGCUGCUGGUGCCGCCUGCAGAGUUCUUUGACCACAGCAACGACUUUCAAACUGCCUACUCGUUUGGCGCUGAUGGGGAUACCUUUGAGUUUGGGGCAACAGUGUCUGUGGCGCGGGGAGAGGAGGUGAGCACGAGCUACGGGCUGAGGGGCAACGAGGAUCUGCUGGAGGCGUAUGGCUUCGUGCUGAUGGGGAACAUGUUCGACCAUGCGCCGCUGCUGCCCUCGCUCUCCCACGCUGUUCGCCUCGUGGCCACUCUCGUCCACCAUGGGAUGAAGCAGCAGCGAGGGGUUGAGCUGGCAGCACAGCAGCAAGGGCAGGGGGGGUUAGAGGGAGGAGCAGGAGGAGCGGGAGGAGAAGGAGACGAGGCCAUAGCAGCUGCCUGUGGUGGCGCUGGUUGUGGUGAUGAUGAUGUUGUUUGUGGCGGCGUGGCGAGCAAGAAAGGAAGUAUAGGACGCUGCGAUGUUGCUUCUGCUGCUGCCAAGCACGAGAUAAAGGAUGCCUGCGAUGCUGCUGCUGCUGUUGGGUCUAGUAAUUUGAAGCACACAUGCAGUGCUGCUGAUGCUGCUACAGCUGCCACUUCUGAGAGUACAGCCGAGGAUUCAGCCGAGGCUGCAGCUGAUGCUACAGCUGGCAGUGUUGCCAGCCCUUCCGUUCCUUGGCGGGAAGAGGUCAAACAGAACCUGCUGCACGUGUGGGGAAGUGUUGCAGCAGCUGCUGGUGGUGCUAGCGCUGGUGCUGGUGCUGGCGCUGGUGCUGGUGCAGGGAACACGACUAUUCCUCUGCAUCAGCUGAAGCGGCAGCUGUGGCGGGUGGCAGCGCGGGCAGUGGAGGCCGUGGUGAGGGAGCGAGAGGAGGAGGGUGGGAAGUUCUACAGCGCCGCGGAGAGUGGCGGCCCGCCGUUUGAGUUGAUGCAGCGGAUCAGGAGAGUGAGCGAGGUGGAGGAGGUGCUGGGGGGCGUGGAGGAGAGGACAGAGGCGGACAAGGAGGGCAGGGUGGGCGUGGCGGUGUGGGCGAGAGGGCUCGUGGAGCCCAAUCUCAUCGCUGCCCUUGCUGCUGUGUAUUACUACUUGCACUAUCAACGAGGUGCGAUCUCUGGCCGGACAGGUGAGGCGGGCAGGGAGGUGGGUAUGGGCUCCAAUCUGAUUGCUGCGCUUGCUGCUGUGUUCUACGACCUGCUGCAUCAACGAGAUGGGUCUAUAAGCAACCCCCCUGCAGUGCUGACCAGCUCAGCAGUCUACCUGGGAUGGGCCGUCAGCAACAGCACAUGCCGGUUCCUCUCCUCGCCCGCCCCUGACAUGCUGCCCGCCCUGCAAGCAGCAGCCGACACCAUUCGUCUGCUAGCGCAGGCGCGGCUGCAGCAGAUGCCGACCAGCAUAGAAGAGGACGAAGCGAUCCUGAGGGAGCUGGAGUGGUGCAAGAGCGGCGGGAAGGUGGGGGCGGGUGGUGGGGAGGGGGUGAAGGGUGGGAAACUGGGGAAGGAAGGAAAGAAGAAGGCAGCGCAACGGGAAGCCGAAGCGAUCCUGAAGGAGCUGGAGCGGUGCGGGAAGAGGGAGGGGAAAGAGGAGGACGGGAGACGGGUGGGAAGGAGGGGAGAGGCAGAGGCAGAGGGAGCAAAGGAAGGCGAGGAGGUAGAAGAGAGGGGCGAUGAGGAGGAGAGGAGGAAAAGGGAGGACGAGGAGGUUGAGAUGGGUUGUGAGGAGUGGCGGACAGGAGGUGGUGGAGAUGGGGAGAGAGGGAGAAGCGGGGCAGGAGGGACACUCACAGGAGGGAGGCUGACAGGAGGGGGGUCGAGAAGAGGGAAGUUGAGAGGAGGGAGGUUGAGAGGAGGGAGGAUGGGAGGGGAGAUGAUGACAGCGAUGGGAGUGCGGUGCAGGUGUGCAGUGCUUCUGCCAGUGCUGGAUGAGAAGCUAACAGCGGUGCAGUUCCGGUUGAGCAGGAAGCGAGUGCUGCACGGCGUGGUGACCCGCCUGGAGGCUGCCUGCCCUCCCACUGACAGCCCGGUUUCAACUUAG